GUUAAACAUGGCGGCUCUGCAGUAAUCCGAGCAGGCUGAAUGAUAAUAAUAAUAACAAGAAUAACGCUUCAGUUAAAAAAAAAAUGUUUCAUUUAAAUGUAAUAACGAGGUGUAGAAUAAUUUCAAGAAAUCCGCAGAUAUUAAGACACCUCCACCGAGGCAGAGUUUAUCUCCUCAGCAGCUCGUCUUCGGCUCUGAACAGCAAACCUCAGUUAGUGCAGAGGACGCGCGUGACCUCCAUCCCUCAGAUUCGACCCUUCGCUCCCGCGCGAUGUUUAUCCUCACUGCCGGGCAGCUCUGAGGACGGGGUUCUGAUCUACAAUGGCAACCUGGGCAGGGCCGUGCUCGGUGUGAAGUUUUUCUCGUACUCCAGCAGUGUGUUCAGUUUGUGCGUCAUGCCCCUCAUCUUCAUGAGGACGGGCCUCGGUAUGAGCAGCCUCGCGAUGAAGGUGGCGUUCUGCGGUUUCAUCGGCUUCUUCACGUUCCUGACGCCGGUCCUGCUGCAUCUCAUCACCAAAGGUUACGUGGUGCGCUUGUAUCACAACAAAGAGACGGACGUGUACACGGCCGUCACGUACAGCGCGCUGCUGGUGGAGAAGAAGACCAGGUUUCAUCAGAGCGACGUAAAGGUCCCAGACGUGAGCCGCAUGUUCACGAGUUUCUACGCCAAGAAGAAGUCGAUGCUCGUGAACCCCAUGCUGUUCGACCUGCCGCACGACUACAAUCACCUCAUGGGCUACGAUCGGCCUUUCUCCUUCGACCCGGAUGACCUUAAAUAAACCUGAUGAAAAUAAGCUGUUUUUCUCUUCAUUUUAAAGUUUUAUUAAAAGGACUACACAAGCAGGAAUAAAAAUGUAAGAAAAAAAA